ACUCUCUGAAUCUGAAAGCACUGGUGUAAUUCUUGUUGCUAGUGCUAAAGAUGUUUUAGCUCAUUUUUCCUUGAGUAAGCUGUAUAAGCUGUAUCUGGUCCUUGUUAAAGCUCAAUUUGGUCUUUUGUUGCUAUGCAGCAUAUCAGUUGGGUCCAUUGCAAACAGCUAUCCACCUAGUCCACAGAAUAAAGCACUGUUGAUUGCUGACAUCCGUUGUCUCCCUGGAAUGGAAGGUAGCCCAGUGUUAGGGGAACAUGCAGAGCUUAUUGGUGUUCUGUCUCGGCCACUCAGACAAAGGGCUACUGCUGCUGAAAUUCAGAUGGUGAUUCCAUGGGAAGCUAUUACAUCUGCUUGUGGUAGCCUGCUUAAAGAAGAGCUACAAACUAGGAGAAAGAUCCAUUUUGAUAAUGGAAACCUAAUCAGUGUUAAAAAUGAAUCACCCUCCAAUAAUAUUCGGAAUGGACCUUCCAAUGAUACUCGAGAGCAUCUCCUAAUAGAUCCUGUUCCCCCAUCCUUGAUUGAGAAGGCAAUGACAUCUAUCUGCCUUAUCACUGUUGAUGAUGGAGCAUGGGCUUCUGGAGUUUUGCUCAACAAGCAGGGUCUUCUUCUUACAAAUGCUCAUCUUCUAGAGCCAUGGAGAUUUGGAAAAACAUCUGUAAACGGUUCAGGAUAUAACACCAAAUCUGAUGUAGUUCUCAUCCCUUCUGAUCAAUCUGAGCAUCCAGGGGUUGAGAAAUUUGACAUUCAGCGUAGGAAUAAACAUUUGAUUCAAAAGGAACUAAAAACUCCGCAUUUCUUGGUUGACAAUGAGCAAGGUAGCUUUAGAGUUAACCUGGCAAAGACAGGCAGUAGGAUCAUUCGUGUUCGCUUGGAUUUUAUGGAUCCCUGGGUAUGGACAAAUGCAAAGGUAGUUCAUGUCUCCAGAGGACCUCUGGAUGUUGCAUUACUACAACUUGAGCUAGUUCCUGAUCAGCUCUGUCCCAUUACUGCUGACUUCAUGUGCCCGUCCCCUGGAUCAAAAGCAUACAUUCUCGGACAUGGGCUAUUUGGACCACGAUGUGACUUCCUUCCAUCUGCUUGUGUGGGUGCAAUAGCUAAGGUAGUUGAAGCCAAGCGGUCUCUGCUCAACCAAUCAAGUUUAGGAGAACAUUUUCCGGCAAUGCUUGAAACAACGGCUGCUGUACACCCUGGUGGUAGUGGUGGAGCUGUUGUUAAUUCAGAAGGACACAUGAUUGCCCUUGUAACAAGUAAUGCUAGACAUGGUGGAGGGACGGUCAUUCCACAUUUGAACUUCAGCAUUCCAUGUGCAGCUUUAGAGCCCAUCUUCAAGUUUGUUGAAGACAUGCAGAAUCUAUCAUUGGAAUAUCUUGACAAACCAGAUGAACAGCUUUCUUCUGUGUGGGCAUUAACUCCGCCUUUAUCUUCCAAGCAAAGUCCCUCUAUGCUUCAUCUGCCAAUGCUUCCUCGAGGAGAUAGUGAUGGUGAUACAAAGGGUUCUAAGUUUGCAAAGUUUAUAGCUGACAGCGAGGCAAUGCUGAAGAGCGCAACUCAACUUGGCAAGGUUGAACGUCUUUCAAAUAAGCUCGUGCACAGUAAGUUAUGAUAGUGUACCAUUGGUCUCACAAACAAGUCAGAUAGCAAUAACGCGCUACAACACUGAUGCUUCAAAUGCCAAUGACGACAAAAGGAUCACCAAAGACUGGAUCUAUGUAUCAUAGAAGCAUCAUCCGAAGCUGGGAUUGUAUACCAAGAUUCUUCGUUGUCAUAAAUGUUAGUUGCCUGAAUGUGCAACCAGGGGUUAAGACGAGCUUGUGAUGAAUAAGUGAAAUAGAUUAUAGCCAUACUUGUACAAUAAAUGUCAACUGUACGUAUUUGAUCUUGAGGAUUUAUUCUUUUAUGUAUAAAAUUUGGGUGGAGGGGUGUAUUUGCAUUUGGUUUA